CUUCCCUGCCGUUUGUUUCCCGAUCUCUUUCUCUCUAUUUCCACACCCACGAUCUGCCUUCGUUGCAACUCAAAAUCAUCACCAUCUCUCUCUCUUUCUCUCUCUCUUCUAAUAAAAAAAACUAAAAAGGAAAUAUAAAGACGUCUUUCUCUCUCUCUUCGUUGUGCAUGCAUUACUCAUGUGACCAUCAUGACAAUAGCAGAAACCAAACAUCAUUGAAACAACUACAGCAAAACCAGAAAGAAGAAGAAGAAGAAAAGGAGGAAGAAGAUGAAGUUGAGAAGGUUAGGUUCUGAGAAGGAAGAAAGUGGGCCUUUUGAUGGUAAUCAGAUGAUCAGGACCGUCGUCGUUGGUGUGAAACUCGACCCUCCCAGCCGGGAAUUGCUUACUUGGGCUCUUGUCAAAGUAGCCCAACCAGGAGACAGAGUCAUUGCUCUCCAUAUCCUCCCCAACACAGAGGUGUUGGACCAAAAUGGUAAAUCUUCGCUUCUCUCCCUCGUUAAAGCGUUUGAGUCUGUUCUCUCUGUCUAUGAAGGGUUCUGCAACUUGAAACAGCAGAUCGAUCUCAAGCUCAAGAUCUGUCGGGGCACAGCCAUCCGCAAGAUUUUAGUACAAGAGGCAAAAUCAUUCACGGCCACUACGAUCAUCGUCGGGACGACGAGGAACCACCGAGCGCUUGGGCUUUCUACUUCAACUGCCAAAUACUGCGCGAAGAAACUUCCUCUUGAUUGUUCAGUUUUGGCGGUGAAUAAUGGGAAGGUGGUGUUUCAAAGGAAAUCGACGCCUGCUGUUGCCUUGAAGGAGUCGAGAAAUGACGCGAACAAUCGGUACCGGCCGACUAGUUUAUUGAGUGUAUUCCAUAGAACCUUGAGCAAGAAUUGCACGGCCUCAAAUAGCAGAGCUCUGGCACUUCCAUGGACGGUGGAAGAUAGUAGUGGGAAGAGUGGCAAUCAGGAAGCUUGCCACGAUCAGGGCUCGAAAUCGAACUGCGGCGGAAUCACCAUUGAUAAGAAUUCAUCACAUGGGUUGAAAUCAGCGAGUCGAAAGUGUUCGGUUUGUGCUACUGACUCUGUGUCCAGCUCAAAAGAAGGCGGCAAUGAUUCCUUGGCUCUGGUUCCUGCGAAGACUGUAGAUGCUGGCUCGACCACCGUCUCACUCAUGAUGCGUCAAUUGCCCGAGUUGAAGCCCGGUUGGCCCCUCCUCCGACAGACGAUCUUGCCCGAAAGGCAAACUUUGGAUAGAUCCAAGGUUAGACAGAUCUCCGUAGUCCAGUGGGCAUUGCGGCUGCCCACCCGGCAUUCCACAGCAGCAAUUCAUCCAGAUCACAAGCCUAUGAACGCCGGCGGCAUGACUGCAACAACCAUGGGUACUGUUGGGGACAGACCCAAUUUGGAUGGAGAGAGUGGGGCGAUCGUUCUGGUAGGAAACACAGCCUCUCCUCCAGCAGAUGAUGGUGGGUCAGAAAUCUUGCCGAAGGAAUUGGAGUCACUUCAGGAGAAGUAUUCAUCUAUGUGCAGAUUGUUCAGCUAUCGGGAACUCCUGUUGGCAACAUCCAACUUCUCCUCAGACAUGUUGAUUGGGAAGGGAGGCAGUAGCCAGGUUUACAAGGGGUGUCUUCCUGACGGUAAAGAACUGGCAGUGAAGAUCUUGAAAUCAUCUGAAGACAUGUUAAAAGAAUUUGUUUUGGAAAUUGAGAUCAUCACUACCUUACAUCACAAGAACAUAAUCUCCUUGUUUGGAUUCUGUUAUGAGAAAAACAAACUCAUCCUGGUUUACGAUUUCCUACCGAAAGGGAGUUUGGAAGAAAACCUUCAUGGGAAAAAAGAUCAUGUUGUCCUCAGUUGGGAUGAGAGAUAUAAGAUUGCUAUCAAUGUAGCUGAGGCACUUGAUUAUCUACAUAGCCGCAGUGCUCAGUCCGUUAUCCAUAGGGAUGUGAAAUCAUCGAACAUCCUUCUGGCUGAUGAUUUUGAGCCACAGCUAUCCGAUUUCGGACUCGCUACCUGGGCAUCGAUGUCCUCAUCACAUAUAACAUGCAGAGAUGUUGCAGGGACAUUUGGAUAUUUGGCUCCUGAAUAUUUCAUGUAUGGGAAGGUAAAUGAGAAAAUCGAUGUGUACAGUUUCGGCGUUGUACUCCUUGAACUUCUUUCAGGGAGAAAGCCCAUCAACAAUGAGUAUCCAAAGGGCCAAGAGAGCUUGGUCAUGUGGGCCAAGCCAAUUCUACAAAGCGAGAAAGUCAUGCAGUUGUUGGAUCCGAGUUUGGGCGAUACAUAUGAUAAUGAUCAAAUGGAGAAGAUGGUCAUGGCGGCUUCCCUCUGUAUCAGACGUGAACCUCGGUUUCGGCCUCGGAUGGGCCUUAUCUUGAAGCUACUUCAAGGGGAUGAUGAAGUAACCAAGUGGGCCAGAUCACAGGUUAACACUUCAGAGGUGUUUGAUGAAAUGGAUGAUGAAGCAUAUUCAGCACUGAACAUCCAGUCCCACCUCAACCUUGCCUUGCUUGAUGUAGACGAAGAUGCGCUUUCCGUCAGCAGCAUCGAGCAGGGCAUAAAUUACAUAACUGCAAACAAGUCCUUGGAGGAUUACUUGAGGGGGAGAUGGAGCCGUUCAUCAAGCUUGGACUGACCAUUCUUGGUGGGACACACAUAACUUUUGAUUUUUGUAUAGUAUUUCUGAUCUACUCGAUUUUGUUCGGUUUGUCUAUUGAAGAUGUCUUGGAAGAGAGGUUGUUGUGAGUCAGUGCCCUCCUCCAUGACUGGGUGUGAUUCAAGAAACCUGGUUUGAUGCUUCUUGAUCAAAGGUUGAGAUAGAAAUCAUCAGAUUUGAAUGGUGGAUUUGUGUUGUUGUAGAAAUGCUGUUGUUUUAUAACAUCUCAUAAGGCGAGGCCUGAUUUCUUGUAGGCCGUAACCAUUGAUUGGGUAUUGUAAUACAAAGACUGGUGAAAGAGCCUGUAAUUUGUUUCUUCUUAAUGUAGCUUUGAACUGGGACUAUUAAUCUGC